UGCCUGCUGCUGGAGCUCACUAACUACUUCAACGUAAAUUCAGAAGAAGAAAAGAAUAAUAUAAAAUAUAAAUAAGCGAUACUCAUUUUGACCGGAAAUUGUAUGUUAUUGCUAAAAACUUACGCGUUUUAAAUAACACAUUUGCUGUUAGGUUAAAAGUGAGAACAUGUAAGGUCGUUGCAGUUUUUUUGAUGGGGAAAAAAAGAGUUUGUUUUUUUACGGUAGUAAAUAGUUCCAUCGUCGCGCUUAGUUUUUGUAUUAAAAAGAUUUAUUUUGAAGGUAAUAACCGGAAGCAGCUCGUAGUAGCGCCUUGCAGGUGUCAGACAACGGCAGGUGGAGGGAGGAGUCACCUGGCAGUGUAUGGAAGCGGCACGGAACCGGUUCGAGUGUCGGACGUGUACGGAACCCCGAGACAGCAGCUAUAAACUCUGUGUGGGAGUGUGAGAGUGUGUGUGAGAGAGAGACUGUACGCACCGAGGACUGCAUCUGUGACGUUGCUUCAGAGUUACAGAUGCAGGAGGUCAGUGCGGCCUGCAGCCUGGAUGAUGACAUGGUGGAUGGAGAUCUGGGUGACGGAAUGGGAGUCAGAGCAGCACCGAGCUGUACGAGGAAGAAAAGCCCAAGCUUCGCUGGCAUCACAGAGACCCCGCUGCCCAGAGCAGAGAUGCGCAGCAGCCAGGCAGGAGAGGCAGCCUGGAUCCCUGGACUGAAGACGGCAGAGACGCAGCAGAGAGCCCGCUGGAAGCUGCCAUGUUCUGCAGACUCUCUGGUUGACCUGUCCAAAGAUGAGCUGAAAGACAGACUACAGGAAGCAACUGAGGUUAUAGACGUGUUGUGCUGUGAACUGGAUGUGGCACAUCGUUAUCUUGAAGGCAAAUAUGAAGCUCUGAAAAUCUUACAGGGGAAGGCCAUUCUCGACAAAGCCACGACUCACACUAAAAGUCUGCUGCAGAAAAGUGAGGAGAGGGCCAAGGCUCUGGAGAAGGAGGUGAACAGCUUGCAGUGGGAAAUCAGCCUCAGCCAGGUCCAGAUGAAGAAGUCUCAGCAGGCGUGGGAGGAGAAAUACAACCGAAUUUUGAGUGAGAACAAGACUCUGACUGACAACCUGGAGGAAAGAGAGCGUGACAUCCAGCAGCUCCGAGCAGAAAACUCUGCUCUAAGUCGGCAGUGCUUGGAGCUUCUCUCCAUGUUGAAUGUAAAGGAGCAGAGAGCUUACCAAGGAACCAAACCUCAAUACAGCCCAGAGAGGGAUGCAAGUGUUCUGGAGCUGGCAGUGUUAGGGGCCUGCCGGUGUCUUGGUGUUGCUGAGGCUUGUUCAUGCAGUCAGACUGCUGCUGCCAGCAGGAAGCAGCUUAUCCAGCUACAACAGGAGCUGGAUGCUCAGCGUUUGAGGAGAGAGGAGGCGGUGAUGGUUGCAGAUGCUUUUCGCAUCGCCUUUGAACAACAGCUGAGGAAACGAAACGAGCACUUCCUGCUGUUGGCUGAGGCCAACAUCCUGAAAUCUCAUCACUGCAAGGCUGAAGGUGCUAACAGGAGUCCUCUUAUCAGUGUAAGCCAGAGGUUGAGAGGAUUACUGCCUUCUAGUUUGGAGGUAAAGAUGCCUGAUGAUCUUUUAGAGACUCUCUACAGGCUGCUGGACUUGCUGAAUGACAAGGACGAAGCCCUGGCCCACCAGAGGAAGGUGAGCAUCAUGUUAGCCCACAGUGCCGAGGAGCUGCAGAGACAGUUGCAUCUAGAUUCAUAUAGCCGGCCAACAGAGUUCAGGAUCCCAUCAAACCAACCACAAGACUCAUCGGGGAACCAGAGCCAGUCUCAGCAAACAUCUGAUACAUCAGAGUCUAAAAUACAACCACAAGUCUCAUCAGAGUCCAACAUCCAAACACAGCAACAGCUAGAACUGCCAGAUUCCCAGCUUCAGCCAGGACAACCACCACUUCUGUCAGAGUCUAGGACUGAACCACAGGAGCUGUCAGACCCAUCAAAGACCAAGAUCCAGCCACUGUCUAACCACAAGUGCCAUAUAUCUGAAAUUCAACAAUUAGACCAGUCAGAGUCCUGACCCAGCAACAGGAUCCCCUUUCCUCAGGCACAAGACACAGCAGUCAGGAUUCGAUUCUUAAAAAACAUAGGAAGAUGUGGAUGUAGCAUCUGUGAUGUCCCACAGUGGUAUGAAGGAAUGGUAUGAAAGUGUCUCAUAAGGCAGAGUGCCCACUGCUGUCCCAGAAGCUACUGAAGACAGAACACCCAAUGUGGUCCUCAGAGAGGAAUGCAUUCCGGGAUCUUUACAUGUUGAACAUAUUGUGUUAUCACAAGCAACUUCUCUAAUAAUGAAGCCAGUUAAUAUCUGUAUCCUGCUAGGAAGCUGAUAAGAUCUCCCAACUUUGUUUUUGAUAAACUAAAUAUGUUCAGUUUUGAUGAUUUCCUGAAAUGUAUGAAAAGUAAACUUAUACAUAAAUGCCUAUAUAACCAAAUUCAAUUGGAAAACUCUGAGCAGCUCAGGUUUGGCAUUUUCACUCAUUUGACAAAUCGUGUUAAUUGUAGUUGAAGAUCAUUAGAUAAUUAUUUUGUAGUCAUAAGAAAGUAAAACUGUUUUAAAUUCAAAAGCAUAAUCAACCAGUUUGUGUAAACAAAACUUAAUUACAACAGAAUUAACACAUAAUCAUCAGCGUGCAAACACUAAUUGAUCAAACUGAAUUAUUAGUGUGGCUAAAUAAUGAUAAUUUGUACAUGGAGGUUCUUCCACAACAUGUGUGCUGAUAAAGGACAGUAACCUACAACAUGUUCAGAAAAUAAAAUAGUGACACCUGA